AUGGCGGGGUUACCACGAUCGGCUGUUUCAUUUAGAAGGCAGGGGUCGUCGGGUUUGAUAUGGGAUGAUCGAUUAUUCUCUGGGGAAUUGAGGCCGUCAUCCCGACAAGAGAAGCCAUGGACUGACAAUGAGUUGAGGCAGUGCAAGAGCGUCGGGUCUGUGGGUAUGCUGGAGAGAAACCGGAUGACCGGGCCCGCUUACCCAUCUCGUGUGGUGAACUCCUCUCCUGGUAGCCCUCCAUCACCAAAGUUUCAUAGCUGUGGCCUUUGUGGUAUGCUUAUGAGAUCUAAGCACAAGGUUAGGAAGUCAUAA